GGUUCAUUUCCGAGGAUCUGUAUAUCUGUGCAACUCUAGUCUGGAGUUAAAGUCAAAGAGAAGCGUAGUUUAGAGAUCGGAUCAUCGGACUAUCGGAGUCGCCAAUGGCUGCACCAGUUUCCGUCCAGAAAACAGAGGAGGAAUGGCGAGUCAUUCUGUCUCCCGAGCAGUUCCGCAUCUUGAGAGAGAAAGGAACAGAGUCUCGAGGAACUGGAGAAUACGACAAGUUCUAUGAAGAAGGAGUGUACAAUUGUGCUGGUUGUAGUACACCACUCUACAAGUCCACCACCAAAUUCAACUCUGGCUGUGGAUGGCCUGCCUUCUACGAGGGCUUCCCUGGAGCCAUUAAUCGCUUUCCGGACCCAGAUGGAAGGCGAACUGAGAUCACCUGUGCAGCCUGUGGAGGGCAUCUGGGUCAUGUCUUCAAAGGGGAGGGAUUUCAGGUACCAACUGAUGAACGUCACUGUGUCAAUAGUGUUUCUGUUAAGUUCCUUCCUGCAAAUUCUGCUGCUCCUUGAACUAUAUGUAAGAAGAAAAAAGAAGAAGAUGAUUAAGCUUUAGUUAUGGACUUCUUCUAUGAUCUAUCAUCACUUGGUUGGGCUAAGUGUAGUGUUAUAUAUUAAGAAAAAGAUUAUAUUAAGCUUUAAUCUGACUCUGA